CACAAUCUCAUUCUCAUAUAUAAUUUACUAUCUAAAACAAUGGCCUCCUCAAGCUUGUUUAAUCAUGCUCUUUUUCUCCUCUCUAUCCUUUCCACUUCCUAUAUUGCUCAUGCCGGGGACCCAGAUAUCUUAUCAGACUUCAUAAUCCCUGAAAAUUCCACCACUCCUAUUGAUGGAAACUUCUUCACCUUCACUGGAAUGCGCGGACUUCUUGCUAACUCAACCAACCCACCAAACUUCAAGGUCACGAAAGCCACCAUGGCUGAGUUCCCAGCUCUCAAUGGCCAGAGUGUGUCGAUGGCAUUUCUCCAGUUCCCUGCUGGCGGUGUUAACCCACCGCACACCCAUCCCCGUUCAGCAGAGCUUCUUUUCCUGGUGGAAGGUUGUAUGGAAGUUGGUUUCGUCGACACUGCAAACAAACUUUACACCCAGACACUUCAGGUUGGAGACAUGUUUGUGUUUCCUAAGGGAUUGGUGCACUACCAAUACAAUGCCGAUGUUAGUGAACAAGCCACAGCUAUCUCUGCUUUUGGAAGUGCAAAUGCAGGGGCCGUGUCUACUCCGGCGACUCUAUUCGCUACUGGGAUUGAUGAUGAGAUCCUUGCCAAGUCCUUUAAGACCAACGUUGCUACCAUUCAGAAGAUUAAGGCUGGUCUUGCCGUUAAGCCCUAACUUAUAUGGUUACAGAUACAAACAGAAAAACCCAUCAUAAACUCAGUCACACAGUUGAUUUUUACUAUUAUAUCAAUUGUUUUGUUUUCCUUAUUUCUUUAUUAUU